AUGGCGCCAAGAGAUACUGAAAUGCCCCGAUCCGUCAAGGCCGGCGGUCCUAUCGAGCAGAAACUGCGGGACCUGCGAGCAUUGAUAAAAGUCCGACCUCCGUAUCACAAAGAGGUCGAGGAGCUUGUUAUCCAAAUUCGCGAGGCUGCUAUGCAGUCUGCGCUUGCUGAUAUUGAAGGUGCGAGUAAAGCCAAUCUCGAUAAUGAUCUGUGGAUUAAAGUCCACCAUCCAAUGAACGAGGCGUACGCGAAAUUGCUAUCCAAGAUCGGACCGCAGAUGAAGACAAAGCCGACCGAAGCGCGGAAACUACAGGAGUUUUACGUUAAAUUUAUAAAGUCGGCAAUGUAUUUUUAUCGCAGCUACAUCCAGGCUUUGGAAAACAAGUUUGGUGUUCAAGAGAUCGUUCCUGUCGUGACUCGGAUUCGCAUGCAAGUCGGUCGAGGUACACAAAAAGAACGCCCGAAUGAGACGAUACAAACCCUGGUGGUUCGGUCAUGCCACAGGAGCUUGCUCAGUCUUGGUGAUCUAUCCCGCUACCGAGAGAUCCACUCACUUGACUUCAGCGGCUCUUCAUCUGAUAAAGACUACCGGCCUGCGAUCAACUACUACACCCUUGCAAAAGAACUAGUACCCCAAGACGGCUCGCCGUACAACCAAUUCGCCGUCAUCUCAUCGCUUGAAGGAAGCGUGCUAGGUUCGACGUAUCAUUUCUACCGCUCGAUGUGCGUCGAAGAGCCGUUCCCCACCGCCUCUGGCAAUCUCGUUUUAAGCCUGCGGAAAACACUGAAAGGGUCCAGCGGGAACCUGGUUCCGAGAAAUGAGAACGGGGGUGAUUCGAGACGACGGGAUGAGUUGGUAGUCGCAGCCUUGUUGGAAAAGUUUCUGCAUUGGCACGCGCAGGUUACCUUACAGUCCUCUCCGAAGCUGAAAGACGCCGAGAGAGAUAAUUUCGUGGAUAUCGAUAAUCUGACUGCGGAGAUCAUUGCGCAGUUGGAGGCAGACUUGAAAGGACGGCGACUGACGACCGAUAUCCUGCAGCGGAUGGUGAUUAUCAACGUGGCGGCGUAUUACGUCUCCACGCUCGAUGGGAGCAUGAGCAAUAAUACGCAAGCAACAAAUCAGUUUCUGGCGUUCAAUUUGAAGUUCUUCCAAAGUCUGCUUGCAACAAUGCUCUCGGAGAUGGAUGUCGUGCGUACGAGACAGGCCGUUGACGAGGUUCGCGACCGAGGUGUUUCUGCUGUUGCUAGGCGUCUGCUUCCCGCGGUACGGAUAUACUCGCUAUGGAUCAGGAUUACUGUCGCGACGAUACAACAAAAAAGUGUACCCGGAAACUUGACUAGUUUCAAGGACGCAGUCAUCGGCGACCUUGCUGCGUUCUGGAACGAGUACUGUGAUGCCAUGUCGUCGGCCUCGAUCGUAUUCGGCAGCCUAUCCUUUGAGAAAAACGACACGUUGCUUAAAGAGGAUCUCGAGCUAAUCGGAUUCAAACCCUUACAGUCUGGCCUGACUGGUAUCAGAGCAGAAGCUCUGUAUAAGAACAUCUCAGAGCUGGAGGCGUGUACAAGUCGCGCGCAUCCCACCGAGGAAGCAUUUUGGCGGAUCUCCGACAUCCUUGCGGACGCCGACGUGCUUGCGAAUAAGGAGGAAGUACCAAUCGUAUACGAGGACGAAAAAUACGUGUAUUUCCCUCCGCCUGCGACUUCGACCCCAGCUGACGGCGCUGCGGCUGCUCCACCUCCGGACUUUAACUCGCAGCCUUUGUACCCCCAUCCGUCAUUGAGUCAAAACCAACCUCAAGCAGCGUUUGUGGAUCCGGCUAUUGCGUCGUUCGCGGAUAAGAGGGGGAAUACUGCAGCGGCGGCGGACCCGCUCGACUCGCGGAUGAUGAGUGCGAUGGUGGAUUCGCUUCUUGAAGACGAAUUCGGGAAUCCCGGGCAGCAGAGGAAAGAUGAUGAGUUGAAGAGAAAUAGCGAGCAGGAAAAUAUAGAAAAGAACGGCGCGCAGGCGGGACCGACGUUUGGAUCAUUUUCCUCGCCCUGGCCUACAACCAGCAUGCUUCCAUCCAUGCCCGCUACAACUACUCCCGCGUCGCCUGCCGGUCCGUCAACUUUCUCCGCCAAUCAAAAUCUGAUGCAGCAGUUCUACAGCCCGUUGACGUCUGGCGGGGCGUUCAAUUCCGUCGCUGGGACUUCGGACUACUUACACCAGCCAUUCGCUCCUAAUAAUGGGUACUACGGAUUCCCUGCGUCGUCAACCACCGCUGGCCCGGCACAAUCUGCAGCGCAGCAUCAGUUAUAUGGGGGUAAUCCCCAACCCUCACAGACCUCUUUCGAUCCGUUUAUGACAGGUUUCUCUCCGUUUUCACAGCAACAGCGACAAAGCGAACUUCGUCCCGAGGCAAACAACAGAUGGGACCUCGCGCAACCCGCUACUGGCUCCCCGUCAAACCAUGCGUCGUCUUCAGCGGUAGGUGGCAGCAGUUUAUCCGGGAAACCUGCGGCGUCGCAGUAUAACCCCCCGCUGCAGUUCUUCCCUCCGCAGGUUGCGCGACAGAAAUUCCGAUCGUCGACAGGAAAACCCACGCCGCUCUCGUCUCCCGCCGCUGGUCCUACCUCUUCUUCCACUGGAAGCGGAAGCUCUGCAGUUGGUAGUAAUAUUAGCAACGCCAACCAGAGAAACAAUGGAGGAGGAGGGACGAUCUCGCCUAUAGGAAGAUCGUCACCGGCGAAGAAAGAUCGCGUGAUGGGAGGUGGGUCGAAUGGGAAAACUGGAGGGGGAGUCGGACAGUUGUUUUAG